AUGGCUGCGGACGCGAAACCGACGCAGCCCUCGACACCUAGGGAUUUUUUCCAGAGGAUUUACGGCGACUUAGAGGACGGGAAUAAGAAAAAAACGGAGGUCCAAGUGGUGGCUAGGUCUGACAACGAGUUGAUAACACCGAUUCCCAUUCUUGCGACUCCGAUUCCGUUUUUGGUACCGCCGGGAAAUGAGCCGCAUUUGGCCGCCGCGGCUGCUGGAUUAUCAGCUUUCCUGGCGAGAAGGAGGAGGAAGGAGGGCAGGCCGAGGAGACAAAGGACGACUUUCAGUAGCGAGCAGACUUUACGUUUGGAAAUCGAGUACCAGAGAUCCGAGUACAUUAGCAGAGGAAGGAGAUGCGAACUGGCCGAAGCUCUGAGACUAUCCGAAACUCAGAUCAAGAUCUGGUUCCAGAAUCGCAGGGCCAAGGACAAACGGAUCGAGAAAGCGCACAUCGAUCACCACUACAGGAAGUUGUUGGGUGCGUUUCCAGGAAGUUUUUGCCCGAUUUGUUUGGACGGUCCUUGUUUCCACGUUACUUCCAUUCUGCAGGCACAAGUUCCAUUGCAAAAUUCUAACAGUCCUGAUCCAGAAUCGAAAUUCACCAUUAAUCAAAAUAAUCAAGACCCUUAA